AUGCAUUAUUUUGCACUUGCAAUACUCCUAGUUCUCACCGGAAUCAUCUUUUGGCAAUGGUGGUCAACUCAUGUCCGCCGUAGAAAACUACCACCAGGCCCCAUACCUUUACCAAUCAUCGGAAGCCUCCACUUAUUAGGAAACCUCCCACAUCGCGACCUCCACAAGCUCUCCCAAAAGUAUGGGCCGAUCAUGUCCAUCCGCCUUGGGUCCAUCCAAUCGGUGAUAAUCUCUUCACCGGAAGCUGCCAAACUCUUCCUCGGAACCCAUGACGCCAUUUUUGCAUCUCGUCCGAAUACAGAAGCUGCUAAGUACCUAUCUUAUGGAAGCAAAGGAAUGACACUUACGGAAUAUGGACCAUAUUGGCGUAGUGUGAGAAAGUUUUGUACGUUGGAACUGCUUAAUGUUAUGAAAGUUCAUUCUUUUGCAGGGAUGAGAAGGGAUGAGAUUAGGUUGAUGGUGGAGGAGAUGAAGGUUGCAUCAAUGGAGCGUAAGGUGGUGGAUUUGGACGAGGCUGUAGGUGUGUUGGUUGAAGGCAUGACGUGUAGGAUGAUUUUUGGUCAGAAAAAUAAUGAUAAGUCUAUUUUUAAGGGCGUACUUGAUGAGACCAUGGAAAUAGCAGGUGCCUUCAAUUUGGCAGACUAUGUGCCAAUAUUAGCUCCGUUUGAUCUUCAGGGGUUAACUAAACGAUUUAAGUCGUUAAAAAAAGACAUUGAUGAAAUGCUUGAGACAUUGAUAAAUGAGCAUGAAGAAAACAGUCUUAUCGCUUCUCAAAGGUCUAGCAUGAAGGCCAUUUUACUUGAAAUGGUAGCUGGGGCUCGUGACACUGUAAAAACUUCAAUUGAAUGGAUAUUAGCUGCACUUAUCAAACACCCAAGAGUGAUGAACGAGCUUCAAAAAGAACUGAAGACUGUGAUUGGAGAUAAAAAAGAGGUUGAAGAAACAGAUUUGACAAAGCUAACUUACUUGCAUAUGGUAGUUAAAGAGACUUUUCGGCUUUAUCCCGUCUCUCCAUUAUUGAUUCCGCAUGAAUCUAUGGAGGAUAUCAUAAUUAAUGGUUACAAUAUACCGAAGAAGAGUCGUGUUAUUAUAAAUUAUUGGGCAUUUGGACGUGACCCAAAAGUUUGGUCUGAAAAUUGGGAUGAAUUUCUUCCAGAGAGGUUUCUUGACAAAGAUAUUGAUUUUCGUGGGGCUGAUUGUCAACUUAUACAAUUUGGCAUAGGAAGAAGAGGAUGUCCUGGAAUGAAUUUGGGGUUAUUGACUGUUGGUUUAGUGAUUGCUAACAUGGUACAUUGCUUUGAAUGGAAACUACCAAAUGGAAUGUCACCAAGUGAUCUGGAUAUGAAUGAAAAUUUUGGUUUAACUAUUCCUCCUAUUAUGCCCUUAUUAGCCAUUCCAAUAUACCGCACUUGAGGAAGAAGUCCUCGGAGUUUGUUCAUGACACUUGACAAGCAAAAUAAAUGAAGGAAACAAACUUUAGGAUUGCUUAAGUUUGAACCCUUCAUUUUGUAAUGUUUCAUGUGUUUAUGUGUAUAGAGUUUGGUAUAUGCAUCUACCUAUGAAAAAUGAUGUGUUUGAAUGAAUGUUUGACUUCAUGAAUUGAUUGAAUUUUUUAUUGUGUGAAGUAA